AUGUCCGGCCCCAGCAGGAAGCGGCCAUCAGGGCAAGAAGCGGGCCCAUCUCGCCCUCUUAAUCGGAGCUCCAGCUUGGACAGGAAGCGACCUCGCCUCACCCCCGAGGAAUCGCCGGUUCUCACAGACGCAGCUCUGCUAUACCACACAGCUACCGCCGCGCACAUUGCAUCAACGCAACAUCUCCAACAAGCGUUCAUUCCCUCAUGGGUAGAGACCGCUUCGGAUGGAACCUUCGAUCCGGUACCCCUCUACCCGACGAAGCGCUUGGCCCCGGAUCCUCACGCCGCGGACACCGCUCUUGCCUUGCAGCUGCUCGCACUCGACCUGCUAUCUGCGGGGUUGAAGCUGCCGAACCUGUCAGACUCGGAGCGAGCGGCCUUCACCAUCGAGUGGUUGAGUAUAGGAAUCAAGGUGCGACAAUGCGCAAAGGGUAGCAUCAGCCUGGCGGAAGACAUGCAUGAUGCGAUGGCAUCAGGGACUGCUGCGGUGGAUUGCGGAGAGGCAUUAAACCUGGUUGAGGAGAUGCAGGUAGGUCUCGGCAAGAUUGCCGGAGCGCAGCACCAUACGCGACAACUUCUCGCGCUGAUUCGGUGUCGGCUACUCUUUGCCUAUCGACGCUGGGACUCCAUAUCAGCAUCCCUGGACGACAUCGGUGCGCUCCUCAACUGGGACGAAAACAGCUUGACCGCCUCGGGCAAAGACGGGCCAUGGCAUACGAAUCUCACCGCGCACUAUCUCAUCUUGCGCAGUCUUUGGGAGGGGCGCAUCGGCAACGACAGCAAGGCAAGGAGUUUGCUCAAACGACUCUACAUCUUGAUGGACGAGGCGGCAGAGUCCGGAACGCUGGAGACGCUCAGGGCAAAUGGAGGAUUGGUAGAGCUUGACGGACUGUUCUUCCAGACCACUCCUCCGAACGUCCUCUACGUCCUCACCUUCCUCGCAACGGUGACUACCCGCCGAGACUUUAUCGGACCCGCAGCAUCCUGCAAAACCCUCGUCCACAUCAACGCAAUGAGAGUUUUUGAGCGGAUGGCGCGCAAGGACGAUAUGUGGGAUAUAGGAUUCUCGCACCAACAUGGCCUCGCGGAUGUGCUGGCCGCGCAAAACGGCGUCAUCCGGCGGAUGGCCGAGAUAGUCUUGGAAGAGGGAACAGCCAUGUUGAUCCGGAGCGACUUUGUAGCAGCCGAAAAGCUUCUCGACCAUUUCGUCCACUUUGCCCACACGCACGGCAUCUUGGACGAGCUAGGCCCUCAUCUCUGCCUCGUCCAAGCCAUGAGUGCGCAGCUGCUCGGACACGCCACAAUAUCGGAGCGAUACUACCACGCCGCUUCAGCUCUCCUCGGCAAAGGCAGCGAGUUGGCAAUCAUGAUCGAGGCGAGCCUACUGGGCGUGCAGGGUCAUCUUCAGGGGCUCAAGGACGAUCACCAGCGGCAGACGUUGGUCAAGGAUCUCGCGCACAAGUGCAAGCAUACAUCGAGUAUGGCGCUCCAGACCAUCGGUACAUUGCUGUCUGCGCUCGCAGAAGACAACUUGAUGCUGGCAAAGAAAAAGAUUGGCCGCGCAUACGACCUCUGUCAGCAGUCCAACAACAACCUGCUCCGAGCACUCAUCUUUGCCUUCACCUCGACCACCCACCUCACCGGGAGCGAGGAGAGAGUUCAAGCCCAGCUGGAGACAGGGUUGACUAUCGCUGGGCUGUUGGGUGGGAAGGAUCGUCCAGACGAGGUAGGCCAGCCAGUAUUGGGAUUGUGGUUUGCGUACCGCUUGAAGAGUAAGUUGCAGUCAGGAUUAGCUGACGUAGAACUGCACAAUCGAAACCAAGACCACCUCGCGCUCAACAUCGCAAGAUCCAAGGUGCAGCGCUAUACUCUGCGGCUGAACGAGAUCUUGGAGGAUGGGAAUCGGCGGUAUGCGUCAACGUCGAGAUUGGAGGGUUUGAAGGAGAUGCGCUAG